CAACCUAAACACUCUCCCAUCUCAACCUCACCCUCCAGUGCUGAGCUGGGGCUGUUUCUCAGGGACAGUGAGAGCCUCUUCCCCCACACCCAGGGGUUUGGGACUUGGGGGCGGGAGCUGUACUGGAUGGGGAGGGUAUCCUGUCUGACCGACAUCUCUGCUGUGACCCUGUAGCGAUUGGUACCCGGGAGCCAACAAUGCACCUACUCCUCACGCUCCUCUGCCUAGAGGUGGGGGCUCUCUGUGCUGGGGAGAGAGCUGAUUGUGUCCAGGCUAGUGAGCUGUGUAAGGCAGAGCCCGGCUGCAAUGACCAUUACGAGACCCUGCGCCAGUGCUCGGACCCCGGUGUGCGUGGCCCUGGGGCCAGGGGCCAGUGUCUGGCCGCCGUCCUCGGACUCCAGCAAAGCCCCCUCUUCAACUGUCGUUGUCGCAAAGGGUCCCGGAAGGAGAGGCAGUGUCUGGCCAUUUACUGGGGCAUUUACUGGGGGGAUAACAUGUACGACAGUUCACCUUAUGACCCCCUCAACUCCCAACUUUCUGACCUCUUCCCCCCGACUGGCAUCAGCUCAGAAGCUGAGGGGCUGCGAGUGACAGGGAACGGGUGUGUGCCAGCAGCGCGGGAUUGUAACCUCAACUCCUCAUGUAAGAAGCAUCGGUCGCAGUACAUCACCACCUGCACCAGCCGAGUGCCCCCCUCCAGCAUCUGCAGCCGUCACAAGUGCCACAGGGCACUACGGCAGUUCUUUACCCGCGUCCCUGUCCGGCUCAGCCACCGGAUGCUCUUCUGCCCGUGCGGGAACCCGAAAUGUGAGAACAGGAGGCUUCAAACCAUUGUGCCAGCCUGCUCUUACCAGGGGGACGCAGAGCAACCCAACUGCCUGGCCCUACACAGGCAAUGCCAGUCAGACAUUAUGUGCAGGUCGAGGUUGGCUGAUUUCCUGACCAACUGCCAACCGGCACUGAAAGCAAUGAGCGGGUGUUUCCGGGAGAAUUACCCCGCGUGUCUGCUGGCUUACUCUGGCCUGAUCGGAAGUGAGAUGACUCCGAAUUACGUGUCAGGGAGUGAGGCAGUGGCUCCCUGGUGUACCUGCAGUGGGAGUGGGAACCAGCGCGGAGACUGCCACAAGUUCCUCAAUUUCUUCAAAGAAAAUACCUGCCUGAGGAACGCGAUCCAAGGGUUCAGGAACGGGAUGGAUGUGACGAGGGGAGUGAUGUCCAUGGCUGCAGUCGUGACCAGCCCAAGGACCCCCACCCCAGAGAGGGCGGAGUCGCGGGCCCCCGACCUCGGCCCCCAGGUGACCGCAGAGGUCAAUGCUAUGUGUGCCAGCCUUCAGGAACAAGCAGCAAAAGGCAACGGCUCCCGAAAUUACGGCCUCUGUCCCCUGAAGACAUAUGUUCCUAUGAUGGUGAAGGGCACAGGUCUGGGGAGUGUCGUGGUGUUUAACCCCUCAAAGAGUGUCUCGCCGACCCCACCCAGCCUUGCCUGGGCAGCCAUGGCCUGCCUGCUUCUCCCCCCACUGACCUCAUAGAGACUCGUAUCAUAUCUCUCUAUAUGUUAUUAUAUACAUAUCAAUAUUGUUAAUAUGGCUCAUUAUUAAUCCAUUGUAACACGAGGUGUGUUUAUGUUUGUGUGUUUAGAGGAAGGCGA